UACAUAGAGGGCGCAUGUGGCUACGGAGAUUUGUUUAAGCAAGGAUAUGGCCUUGAGACGACAGCCCUCAGCACGGCCCUCUUCAAUGGCGGCGCAACAUGUGGUGCAUGCUUCCAAGUCAUGUGCGUCAAUGAUCCGCAAUGGUGCUUACCUGGUACGGUCACCGUGACCGCUACAAACUUCUGCCCACCAAAUUACACCAAGCCUACAGAUAACUGGUGCAACCCCCCACAGAAGCACUUCGACCUGUCCAUGCCCAUGUUCGUGAAGAUCGCAAAGUAUCAGGCUGGUAUCGUACCAGUCCAAUUCCGCCGUGUCCCAUGCAUCAAGAUGGGCGGCAUGAAGUUCGAGAUCAAGGGCAACCCAUGGUGGAUACUUGUACUAGUGUACAAUGUAGCAGGCGUCGGUGACAUUACAAACGUUCGGAUUAAGGGAUCAAACACGGAUUGGUUACAAAUGUCGCGAAACUGGGGCCAAAAUUGGCAGAUCAUGACUCCGUUGCAAGGGCAAGGAUUGUCUUUCCAGGUGACCACUAGCGACCGCCGGAUGGUGGAGUCCGACGGUGUUGCACCGUCUAACUGGCAAUUCGGGCAGACCUAUGAGGGCAAGCAGUUUUAA